CGGGCCUCAACGCGCGAGAGUCCACUGUUGGCCGGCCAGCAGCAUUAGAGCGAACGACGCGGUGUUACCCGGUCCCCGUCAUUCAGCGCUGCCGGCCACACCAUACUGUCUAAGACCCCACUGUAACACCUUUAAGAUACUUUAGACCCUUCUCAAGUAGUCACCAGGCCUUAUUUUGUUCUGAUCCCAGGAUUUGGCCCGCAAACUUGACUGGAUCAGGAAGACUUCGCCUGCUGAAUUCGUUCCCCACCAACCGCCAUGGACCUACUGUGUUGUGAAGGAGACUUGAUCAGACGGGGCUACCGGGACCCCGCCUUGCUCGGCGACAACAGAGUCUUGAACAAUCUCCUUAUAACAGAAGACAAGUAUCUUCCCUCCACUACCUACUUCAAGGCGGUACAAGACGAAGUCAAGCCGCACAUGAGACAAAUGGUCGCGACUUGGAUGUACGAGGUCUGCGAAGAACAAAGAUGCGAAGACGAAGUAUUUCCCCUAGCUAUGAACUAUUUGGACAGAUUUCUAUCUCAAGUACCGAUAAGGAAAAACCAUCUCCAACUCUUGGGCGCAGUUUGUAUGUUCAUCGCGUCCAAGUUGAAAGAAACCAUCCCACUAACGGCGGAGAAGCUAGUCAUCUACACAGACAACUCUAUAAGGUGUCAAGAACUCAUGGACUGGGAACUCUUGGUGCUGAUGAGACUGAAAUGGGACUUGUCGGCAAUAACACCCUGUGACUUUCUAGAACACAUCCUUAGUAGAUUGCCCAUUGAGAGGGAAAGGAGCGAUAUGAUCGCAAAGCACGCACAGACGUUCAUCGCUUUAUGUUGUACAGAGUUCAAGUUUGCAAUUUACCCACCGUCGAUGAUCGCGGCGGGAAGUGUCGGUGCUGCAGUCAACGGUCUGGUCGGACUGGGGGGGAUUUGGGCGUCACCGAACGAACUGCUCGAACAGAUGCAGAAAAUCACCAACAUAGACAUGGACUGCUUGCGGGCGUGUCAAGAGCAGAUAGAACAACUCCUAGCUACCAGCCUCUGCAACCCCAUGUCUCACCCUGACCCUUUGGCAACGAAGCAUCAGGAACAGAAGGACCAAUCCACAACCCCGACAGACAUCCGUGACAUUGACUUCUAAACCGCGUCUUGGGUUCUCUGCGAAGGAAAAAGAUGUAUGCUGAAAUGUGCAGACCUGCUUUACCAUUGGUUGACUCUAACAGUUUUUGUCGUAAACCAAAAAAAAAAGUUUGUUUGAAAGUUGGACGUGUAAGCCAAUAUAGUAGUGAAUAUAGUAUGUUAGAGUCAACCAAACACAAAGUGAACUUGCUUUUUUUUGGUUGUACAAAGAUAUCAGCACAGAUUUUUCAAAAGCAGAGAACCUGAAGUUGUGAUGAAAUGGCUGGUCAAGAACUCGGGCAGUCUUCCAUGUUGGAAUUCUCGGGAUCCUCAGAUUCGCGACUGGCUGUAUCAGUACAUUCCGCAAGAAAGAACAUUCCGCGAACUUGGUGCCACUCCAUUCCCUUCAAGACAUUCCAUGCAGCAUUCCAGUGGACUUUCAGCAAUCUACAUUCCAUACAAACUGACUUGUGGACUUGAGUUGGACUGGAUGUUUUCCGUGUAGUGGAAACGUUACAAUGUCUUCCAUUUUUGGAAGGAUCGCACUUGGGUCAGCGGAUUCUCUUCCCGAAAGCGUUUGUCUGCCAUGGUGUUUGUGUGCUGUUUCCCAACAUAUUACCGUGUGUGGUGGUUUGUAGCACAUUAUAAACUUGAACUCUGUUAUCAAAUGUGGUGCCCAAGGCACUACUGAUGAAUUAGCAAGCAAUGUUAACUAGUUAGGUAGGGUUUUUGAAUACUGAAAAGAAAAGAGCCUCCAAAUUUGGUUGUGUGAAAACCAUCCCUGCACCCCAUCUUCUAGAAUGCUGAGUUCCAAAUGCGGGUAAAUUUUGCACUAUAAAGAUGGGCAAAUCUGGAUUACACCAUUAUUUGAUAGGGGUAAACUGGUUGGUUUGCACACACCGGAGGCACUAAAUUGAAUGGUUUUCACAGUUUGGCUAAGAAAGUUCCUUUUUUUCAGCACAACGUGAUUUACUCUUAGACUUAACAAGUGGGCUUAAAUUGCACUAUUGAAUUCAACCCUCCGAUACAGCAGCAAAUUCCAAUGUUUCGAGCUUAGUUGUUAUGUCCACUGUAGGUGAGAGGUAGAAGAAAUUAUAUUUUGGAAGAUGACAAAAUGAACAAAAAAAAUGUUGCCAAGAUAUUAACAUACGAAAUUCUACUGGUGAACAUAUAGAUUUAUAUAUAAUGAGCUACUUGAGCCGGAAUAACUAGCAGAUCAUAAAUAAUCAAUUUCUACAGAAUGUGCCUUUGCCUUUACCUCUCAAAUGAAAAAGAGUGUGAAAAAAACAACCCCCAAAAAUAUGAGUGCAAGAGCUUGCUACCUCAAGUAGGACUGUACCAAUUGUACCAAAUAGGGGUGAUAGGGUCACUGUGUGAGGGUUGAAUCUAUCCAUUCCAAGUGUGCUGUGCCUUGAAAAACAUCAUAUGUUUUGCCUUUUUUUUUGUUUUUGAGUGGCAUUUUGAGUUCUUUUGAGUUUGAAGAAGACAGACUUUUUAAGGGGUAUGCUAGCCCUGUUGUGGUGAAACCAAGGGGGUUAUAUCUCAUAUAACCUCCCAGGUGAAACCGAGAGUGCCAUGUACAUGUAGAAAAUGUAUUUGUAAACAAAUUGCCGAAAGCUGCCUUAAAAGUAAACGUGAAGGCCGAUAUGGAAAGAAAGCAUUAUAUAUACGUCACACGUGAGAAUUACAAUGCAAUCUUUAUUCAGGUUGAGAACCUAUAUUAGCUAUGUCUUCCCAGAUGGUAUGAGUGCUAUUGUGAAGGAUUGAGUGAAGAAAAGAAAAGAGUGUGAAUGAGUACAUGCAGUGUUAGUAAAAAAAAAAAGGAUUGUAUGAGGAAGGUGUGCGUGUGUAAAGAGAAAAGUGCAAGGAAUGAUGGAGAAAUAUGGGUAUAGUAGUUCCUCGGAAGGCCCAAUGUAUUGUAGAUUUUUGUACAUUAUAUGAGAUGGAGAUGUUGGAAAGGCCAGGAGGAGGAAUUUGGUCGAUGAAGAUGCGACUGAUAGAAGAGAAGACACUUACUGUAUAUAGCUUGACGAGAAACAAGAAAUAAAGAUGUCUUUUGAAUGAAA